AUGUCUGCAGAGCCACACUCAGUCGUAGUGUCGCGGAGCCCGACGUUGCGGCCAGACGAACUGGAGGCUGAGAAGCUCGACGUGCAUGGCAUGGACCCAGCCGAUGAGCUUGUGAAGAAGGAGGACGUCAGUGUGUUCGAACAAAGACUCCCGCCGCCAGAUGCGCCGACCUUCGCUGACUUUCCGGACGGUGGCUUGAAAGCCUGGCUGCAAGUUGCGGGCUCGUUCUUUCUCAUCUUCGGCGCAUGGGGGAACUUCAACGCAUUCGGCGCCUUCCAAACCUAUUACGAAGAAGAACUGCUUCGAGGGACUUCCGCUUCUGCGAUCAGCUGGAUUGGCAGCAUCGAGGGGUUCAUGAUCAUGAUCGUCGGUGUUCUCGUUGGGCCAAUCUUCGACGCUGGUUACUUUACAUCGCUCGUUGCGGCCGGCUCAUUCAUGAUCGUAUUCGGGCUCAUGAUGACAAGCCUGGCUACAUCAUACUACCAGAUUAUCCUGGCUCAAGGGAUCUGUCUGGGAAUGGGUAGUGGUCUGCUAUUCAUUCCGAGUGUGGCGAUCGUUGCAACCUACUUCGAGCGCAAGCGAGCCUUAGCGGUCGGAAUCUCGGUAUGCGGUAGCUCUAUAGGCGGAAUCAUCUACCCUGCCAUCUUCCGCCAGCUUCAGCCACAGAUUGGCUUUGCAUGGACCGUUCGUACAAUGGCCUUCAUCACUCUUGGAAUCCUCAGUUUCUCUCUCGCCGUGAUGCGCACUCGCACCACACCUCGAGUACGCCGGGCCCUUCUCGACCUCUCCGCAUUCAAGGAGCUUCCAUAUGUCCUUUUCUGCGUCGGGAACUUCCUUAGCUUCAUGGGUGCAUAUGUACCCUUCUUCUACGGCCCCGCUUUCGCCCAAGCACAUACCGGUGCCAGCACAAGCCUCGCGUUCUACAUAGUCGCUAUCUUGAAUGGCGCAUCAACACUCGGACGUGUAGUCCCCAACUUCAUCGCCGACAAGACAGGACCCCUGAACAUUCUCACCCCGUGCGCAUUCCUCACUGGAAUACUCGCCUUCUGCUGGAUACCAGUGUCCGCGGUUGGGUCGAUGGGAGUGUGGAGCGCGUUAUACGGCUUAUCGUCCGGCGCUCUUCUCUCACUUGCACCUGCGUCAGUCGCUAGCUUGACCGCAGACGUAGGCCGGGUGGGCACUCGCCUUGGGAUGUGCUUCGGCAUCGCCGGGGUCGGUCUCCUCAUAGGCACCCCCGUUGCGGGUGCGCUGGUGGAUCUUGAAACGGGGAAUUUCGUACACGCGCAGGUGUUCAAUGGCGCCAUCGUCAUAGGUGCCGCCUUCUUCAUGUCCUUGGCGCGUAUUGCGAAGGCUGGGUGGUCACUGCGGGUGAAGGUUUAG